ACAAAGCGAAGUUUGCGGAAUCGGCAAAGUGAAGAUACACUCGCGCGGAAUAUUGUCGUGCUUCCUUUGUGCAGACGCAAAGCCGUUGUGAAAGGUCUUGGGAGAAAGUUAAACCUUUGUUGAGCGAUUUCUGCGCUGUGGCAGUGGUGAUCGUAUGCGUUACCGAACCGAUGCCGGGAUUUCCAACGGCGUUAGUGUGUUCGGGCUAGCGCCUUCAAACCGGCGUCCGGUGGGAACCGAUUGACGCAUUCCAACGCAGCUCCGUUUGAUUGCUGUCACGAACAUCGCAAGGGCGACCAUGCUGGCGGUGACAUCACUGCUGGUGGCGCUUCUGUCGCUGUCGUCCGCGCAGUACGCUGGCUACACGGACAACAGGAUCGACAGCGUGCCAAUUCACCACCAGCAGCCGACUCACCUGAUCGUGGCCUCCCGGUUGGUGCGGCCGGGUCAGACGUACCGAGUGGUGGUCACGCUCCUGCUGCAAAUGCCGGAGCCCGUCACUGUGGUCGCAUCGAUCCAGCGCAACGGCGUCGAUGUCACGCACAACAGCCAGGAAUGCAGGGCUCCCAUCCCCGAGGAGAUUCUUCUCAAGGUUCCCACGACUAGCGUAUCGGGCAGCUACCGACUGAAGGUCGAGGGGAACAUCAAUGGCGUCAUUGGCGGCACUGCCUUUUCGUACGACACUCCGCUAGACUUCUCACAGCGCUCAAUGACCAUAUUUAUUCAGACGGACCGACCGCUCUACAUGCAAGGCCAGACGGUCCAUUUUCGUGCACUGCCAGUCACAACAGAGCUCAAGGCGUUCUCAGAUGCCGUUGAUGUUUACAUGCUGAAUCCAAACCGGACAAUUGUUCGGCGUUGGCUUUCCAGGCGAACAAAUCUAGGUGCUGUGAGCCUAGAGUACCCAUUGUCUCCUCAACCUGACUAUGGAAAGUGGACAAUUCAGGUCAUUGCUCAGGGCCAAGUUGAAGAGAAGACAUUUGUUGUAGAAGAGUACUAUCAAACAAGAUUUGAAGUCAAUGUCACACUGCCCACAUUCUUCAUGGCCACGCAAGAGUACAUUUACGGCACUGUCGUAGCCAAUUUCACAAGUGGGGCUGCAGUCGCUGGAAACCUGACACUUCGUGCAACUGUUGAGCCAAUAAAUCCAACUUACCAGAUUCACCGCAGUUCAUCUAGGUACAUUGAAAAGGUCUACCGUUAUUUUGAAGGAGUCCGGGACUUUGCGUUCUCCCUGCGUGAGCUGAGCCGUUUGGUCUCACGCCUUGACGGGAUGAAGGUGGUAGUGACCGCCCUUGUCGGGGAACGCUUCCUGGAUCUCAUCGAGACGGGCUUCUCAGAGUCCUUAGUGUUCAACUCGAGCCUGCAGCUGCGUUUCUUGGGCUCGUCUCCACAAGUGUUCCGCCCCGGAAUGCCCUUCAAGGCCUAUGUAAGCGUGUCGUACAGUGAUGGCUCUCCACUGCCAGCUGAGUACUUCCGCAACAAGCGUGUGGAAGAGAUGCUGCGCAUUACGCCGUCAGUUACAUACGUGAGCGGCGGAGCAGGCGCCGGCCACCUCCCAGAACCAGUGGCUUCGGCCGUGCCAGGCUCACCUGGCAUCUGGGAGUUAAUGCUCGAGUCGACACCUGUUCUCAGUGAUCCUACGGCCAUCAACGCAGUGCGGGCGAUUCGCCUUGAGGCCGAGUUCUACGAUUCAAACUAUGGUCAUGUUCGGACAAGCCUUGUGGCCUACUCGUCCUACUCACCCACAAACCAUCACUUGCAAAUCACAACUAGCACCAAGUUCCCAAAGGUUGGAGAAUACAUUAUUUUUCAUGUACGGUCCAACUACUACGUCGAAUGGUUUUCGUACCUGAUCAUCUCAAAGGGCAUCAUCUUGCUAUCUGGUCAAGAAAAAAUGACUUCAAGCAUCAAGGCCUUUGCAGUAACCCUGUCCCCUGAGAUGGCACCCACAGCCACUGUAGUCAUCUAUGACUUGGCAAGAGGCAGUGAAGUUGUCGCUGAAAGCCUGACUUUUCCUGUUGAUGGCAUAUCUAGAGACAGGUUCAACAUGACCCUCAACAACCGAAAGGACAAAACGGGACACACCAUUGAAGUAGCCAUUUACGGAGACCCAGGAACAUACGUGGCACUGUCUGCUGUUGACCGGACUCUGUACAACAUGCAAGCAGGCACCGAGAUCAGUUAUUCUGAGGUGCUGAGGAAAAUGAACUCCUUUGACAAUGUGAUAAAUGGCACAUUAACUCAGGAAUGGUUUUCAAGAGACGGUAAUAGCUACAGCUACGUGUGCUUCCCGUCGUCCACUUAUGGGCUCGACUCAAACAGGACAUUUGAGUUUGCAGGGCUGCUUGUCUUCAGUGAUUCUAAUAUCACCCGCAUGAGAGAUGACUGCAAUUCAACAGCAGGUUACGCCACGUGUUAUGAUGGCGCUUGCUACCGCCUUGACCGACAGUGUGAUGGCUACUUUGAUUGUGAAGAUGGCUCUGAUGAAGCAAGAUGUGACGAUGAACAGCGGUUCAGCAUUACUAAGUUUGAAAUGUAUCGAACAAACAGAUACCAACGUCUCUAUUCAAAUGCGUGGCUUUGGAAGGACAUCAAUAUUGGGCCUUUGGGUUAUUACAUCUUCAACAUACCUGUGCCAGAUGUGCCAACAGACUGGAUGAUCAGUGCAUUUGGAAUGGACGAGUCUAGUGGCUUUGGCAUUUUGUCCAACAGCAUUGAAUUUUCUAGUGCCAAGCCAUUUUACAUGAAUGUGGAAAUGCCAACAAAGAUUCGCCUUGGAGAGCAGCUAGGUAUACGUGUUACAGUCUUCAACUACAGACUCUACGAAACGGAGGUACUUAUCACACUGGCUAGCUCCCCAGACUACAGGUUUGUUGUUGUUGGACCCUUGGGGCGAGUGAACUCCUAUGCACCAGAAACCUCCUCAGGAGAGCACCAGCACUUGAUUUUCAUCAAGCCUGGAAAAUCUGCAGUUGUAUAUAUGCCUAUAGUACCGGUGCGCACUGGGACAAUUGAAGUCACGAUUCUUGCCAAGACUCAGAUUGCAAAGGACAUGGUGACACGUUGUCUUCUUGUGGAGCAUGAUGGAAUUCCUCAACAUCGGCACACUUCUUUAAUCCUGGAUUUAACUCAAGGCGCGUACUUAAUCAAGUACCUGGACACAAACAUCACUGAAACACCCAUCUUGCCUUUUCGACAGGAUCGUUUGUAUGUGUUCGGCAGUAACAGAGCCACCUUGUCUGUAGUCGGUGAUGUUGUUGGCCCAGCAUUCCCCACAAUGCCUGUCAAUGCCAGCAGCUUAUUGUCAAAGCCUUUCUACUGUGGUGAACAGAACAUGUUCAGCUUUGCUGCAAAUCUGUAUACGUUGCUGUAUCUUCGAUUAACAAACCAACGUGAUAUGCACCUGGAGAGGCAGGCAUUCAAGUAUCUGAAUCUUGGAUACCAGAGGCAGCUAACCUAUCAGAAUGAUGACGGAAGCUUCCAGGUGUUUCGGUGGCACAGUCAACCAAGUGUUUGGCUGACAGCGUUUUGUGCACGAGUAUUCCACAAGGCAACAUUUCAAGAAUGGGAACAGUUCUUGUACAUCGACCCCUCUGUCAUUCAAAAGGCCAUUGCCUGGCUGCUGGACAGGCAGUCGCCAGAGGGUUCCUUCCAUGAGACAUCAUUCUAUGCGUACGAUCGCAAAAUGUCUCUCCUGUCUGAGAGGCCAGAAGACACGGUACGGUUUCGCAACGUGUCUCUAACCGCCCACGUGCUCAUCACACUGGCCGAAGUUAGGGAUAUCAGAGGCGACAUCGGAACACGUGCAUCCACGGCUCGAGGCGCUGCAGCCCGGUACUUGGAGCGCAUGCUGCACCUCAUCCAGAAGUUGGAGGACCCCUACGAAUUGGCCAUUGUAGCAUAUGCACUCACAUUGGUCAACAGCGCUGAUGGGGAAAUGGCCUUCAACCUCCUCGAUGAAAAGAUGAGGGAGACAAGUGGCAUGAGGUACUGGUCUCGCACUGAACUGCCUGCACCUUCAGUGGUGAUUGAAAACAAUAAACCCUACCUGCACCCUCGACUUCCCUACAUUUACGAUGCAUCCAACGUGGAGACCACAGCAUAUGGUCUGCUGGUACAUGUGGCACGGCAAGCAGUUGUUCAGAAGGAGAUUGUGGAGUGGUUGAAUACACAGCGUCUCUCAUAUGGAGGUUGGGCUUCAACUCAGGACACGCUUUUGGCAAUGCAAGCUCUGACAGAAUUUUCAAUCGUGUCGCGCUCACGUGACGUCACUGACAUCAAAGUCACUGUGGAGGCACCUUCAACACCAGGUUUCACACGAGAACUUCACAUUGGGCAGGAAAACUUGUCCAAGCUGCAGACACUGUCUAUACCCAAUGCAUGGGGUGUGAUCAUUGUGAAAGCACAAGGCACUGGCCUGGCCAUUGUACAGUUGCACAUAGAAUACAACGUGGACACUUGGAGGCAUUUGGUCACACCCCCACCAGUGCCCGCAUUUGCAUUGAACAUUCGCCAAUAUUCAUAUGGGAGGAACAGCUCCUAUGUGUCAUUUAGAUCGUGCCAAAGCUGGAUUCGUACUGAAGAGAGCCCCAGGAGUGGUAUGGCUGUGCUUGAAGUGAAUUUGCCCUCGGGUUACUACAUUCAGCAGCAGACCCUGGAUGCAUAUGUGCAGUCUGGAGCUGUGCGCAACCUUCGGGAAGCUCGUUAUGAAGAGAAGAAGGCUGAAAUCUACUUUGAUUAUCUUGACACAUCACCCAUCUGUGUCAACUUCACUGCCCAGCGCUGGUACCCAGUUGCCAACAUGACACGGUUCAUUUCAAUUCGCGUCUACGACUAUUAUGCACCAGAGCGGUUCAACGAGACUAUGUUCGAAGUGUACAACUUGUAUGCACUCAGCAUCUGCCAUGUGUGUGGCUCUUACCAGUGCCCAUACUGCCCAGUGUUCAACACUGCACCGACAUCUUUUCGCCUGAACCAAGAGCAAGCUGUGCUGUCUCUGACUGUGCUUCUGACAGUGCUCUGGAGGCAUCUGUUGAAAGGGUAGCUGGCCGUUGUGGUGCUGUGACAGUUAUUUUCUCAAGCAACAAGAACAAACUAUCACAAAGACAUUGCCGUGGCAGCUGUACAGUCUGCUUCAGUCAGGACUUCAUUGUGCAGCAUGCUAUGGGUUUCCUGUUGGGGCUGGUGCCAAAAAGACACAGCCUCACUUUCGUCGUCCUUUUUUUUUUCUCUGUCCCACCAUCUGCGAGGUUCAUUCUGUUCUGAGACAGGUUGAAUGCAUGCCUUCAUCACUGAAAUGAGGUAUGGGGCUGCUUGAGUUUGUGCUGUUGCAAGUGUAGACAGCACAUUGCUUGGCUCAAAGAAGCUGCCCUUGGGAAAAGGCACCGGUCAGUCAACACAGUUUUUAUAGGCGCCUUUCCUGUCCAUAUGUUUUUAAUUCUGGCAUACCAGUUUCUACUACAUAAUUUCUUUUAUUUAGCCUUGUGCAGAGAUUGGCAACUACUUGUGAUUUUUAGGUUCGUAAAUUCAAGCAUUCAUUUGCAUUUCAACAUUUCUUUUUCAUUUUUUUCAUUUAAUCAUCAGAGCCAAGUUUUACUUUAGCAUUCAUCUGUUGUGAACAUCUAGUAGUAGUCAUCAGAGUUUGACAUAUCUAAGCAAGAGUUGUGUUAUAUGUAUGUGUUGAGUGCUUGUUUAUCUUUGCAUUCUUUUCAUAUGCAGCAUUUUUUAUUAUCAUAAACUUCUAGCAGUGUUGUUGAACAUACCAUUUGCUCGAAGACAGUGGUGAUGAUGGUCGUGAUUGUUGUAGUUGUGUUCGUCCUUUCAUUUUGUUUUUCACAAUUUGAAAGCAAUAGUCAUCAUUUUGUGUAAAAUUAAUCAACUUCACUGAAGGUCGCUGUGAUUCUGGUGAAAGAAUGUUCACUAGAGGCAGGUCAAGCGUACCAUCUCCUAUUUGUACAACAUUUUACGUGAAGUAAAUUAUUGCUACAUACAGUUUUCCACUGAUAAAAUUGACAUUGUUGUAUGGCAUUUCGCAAGAUCUGUAUAUGUCAUACAGGUAUGUAUGUGGUUAGAAAUCACACCAGGAGUGAUACCUGUAAGGAACCAGAAUUCCCAACAAGCAGCUAUAAUUUCAGAAGUCUUGUUGGCAUCCUCCCACUGCAUUUGUCUGCACUGCUGUUUUUCAGAAUGCAAGCAUAGUUUUUACUAUAAACAACAACUUGAAGGGAGACCAAAACAUCCUAGCCUUUAUUUAACGUCCCUAUAUUUGUUUUUCCUUCUGCAGUAAGAGCAGUCUUUGGAGGCUGCAGCUUUUCUGUGGAUGUCCUCCCCCUCAAAUGUGACGCAUCUCGCAACUUGCUCACUUGUUACACUGGAUAAGUGCAUCUUACCUAAAAAUAUACAAAAGGGCAUGCUGAAUCGUAAAUUGAGUGUCGCAUCACUGCAUUGUCAGUAUAAACAUUGACCUUGGAAAGCUGCAACAACCAACAAGCCAAUAGGUGGGGGUGGGUUGUUAUCGUUUGUUUGAAUGCCGCAUGGAACAACUAAGUCCUGCAGGAUUACUUGGAGCAAUAACACAGACUUCACUGAGGCCUGUGUUAUUCAUCCUCCUGUCUUGCCAAAAAAAUACUGUAAAUACAGAGAGAUAAAGUGUGCUUGUGCUUC